CCCCAUCCUCACCUGCACUCAUCAGCUUCUCUUUCUCCCUCACCAAGUCCAGCAUCCCCAUCCCGUCAAAAUGGUCGCCAUGAAGUUCGCCACCAUCGCCGUCCUUGCGACUGUCGCCGUCGCCGCGCCCACCACUGCCGUCACCACCGCGAAGGAGGUCAAGCCCUUCAGCUGGUCCCAGUGGGUCGCCGACAUCAUGAACCCCGAUGUAGUCGCCCUCACCCCUGAGCAGGCCGUUGAGGCAUACUACCAGAGCAUCAACGCCACCGCGUCCACCCACGACGGCGCCGCGAAAGUCAAGCGGUUCAACAGGACUUGCGCUACUUCCGAAAAUUGGAGGGCCGAUGUUGACGCCGCUUCCAAGUGUGUGAGCGGCCUGGCGGCGCAAGGGACCGGUGUCUCAUACACCGUUAAGGGUCAAAGCAAUGCCCUGGAACUCUGCAAGGACAUUCCCGGGGUGUUGUUAGAUGUUUAUUCAUACUACAACGGGGAUUACCAAUGGACAGCUCAGGAAUUCGCCGUUGGUGGUGGACACAUCAUGGACGGUUGUACCUGGGGUGGCAGAACCGGUGGAGCUAUUUACGAGGAUGCCAGCCCACUCCUGCAAAUAACUUUGAGAAGGAGGUGAGAAAUGUGUGAACAACCAGGCUGGGGGGCGGAAAUAUGAAUUUGUGUGUUAUUGCCAAGGGGGGAUGGGACAUGGUCACGUCGAUGAUGAGGAAUGGUAAUGCCGCGGGAUAAUGGAAAAAAAUUUAGGAAGACAUAUAACCUAUCUUGGAGAAUUGUGGGCAGGUUCUGACCCAAUUCAUUUGGACGCCCUAUCGAAUCACUUUCCCGAUGUUUGAUA